UUGCGCAGUUCAAUGUUAUGAUUUUAACCUGCUAGCGUGUUGCUAUGCUAGUAGUUUCUGGAGUUAACGGCUGAACAUGUCUGCCUCCAUGGUGAGAGCGACCGUCCGAGCGGUCGGUAAACGAAAGAUUCUGGCAACGAGAGCUGCAUUGACACUGACUCCAGCAGCCGUGAACAAGAUCAGAACGCUACUCCACAACAAACCGGAAUAUAUUGGUAUGAAGGUGGGAGUGAGGACACGUGGCUGUAAUGGACUGACGUACACACUGGACUACGCUAAGGAGAAAGAAAAGGCUGAUGAGGAAGUGCUGCAGGAUGGGGUGAGGGUGUUUAUUGAGAAGAAGGCCCAGCUCACUCUCCUGGGAACUGAGAUGGACUUUGUGGAGUCAAAGCUGUCCAGUGAAUUUGUCUUCAACAAUCCCAACAUCAAGGGCACGUGUGGCUGUGGGGAGAGCUUCAACAUCUGAGCAAUGUUGAGCCUCCCUCCUCCUCCUCCUCCUCCUUCUCCUCUUCCCACAAUCCUCUGUGCUCUGAACCCCGUCCCUUCCUGGAUUCCCACGAAUAAAGACUGAGAGACUGAGGGUUAAUGAGGGAGUCAGACAUGAGAAAUUCUCUGGGACAUGGAAAUGCCUGCGUUCCUACUACUGCUCCUGCUGCAUACCACACACAUACGCACAAUCACACAGCCCACGUGUACAUGUUUAGAGGAAGGCUUUACUACUUAACGUAAUGAUUGCUGCCACCUUCAACUCAAUCAUUAUUGGGUUUAUGUCUGUUUUUUUAAUUAUUAUUUUUAAAUUUUUUUAUUUAUUUUUUUUCCCUGGGCCCUAUGAGGAUGACAUAAUCUGUAAAACAUCUAAAACACAUACACCUUGGACCUGAUAAAGACCUUGGUAGCUUGGGGUUUUUAAUUAAGUGAAUGGCUACACAUUUGGACACCAUUUAGCCAAUUUGAGUCAUAUCACACCAUAUUAUUGCAGUGGGGUGAACCAAGAGAAAGAACCAUGUUACUAUUAAGCAUUUUGUGUUUUUUUUAAAAAAAUCAAAUAGAUGUUAUCCAUAGAUGCUACAAGCAACAGCAUCUGCUUAUAAAACCACACACCGUAGACAACGUCCCAUCAUGCAGUGUAGUGUAUCAACACAGUUUGCAGAAGUGCAGGAGUUCCUGAGUGUCUUGAAGCUGGUUUGGCAGUUUGUAAAUUCUUUGAAACGUUAAGAUUAUCUAUUUAAGUGUGUGUAUAUAUAAAGAAUGUAUGUCACCGCAACAUAACGCACAAAAACCAGUAUCCCGCACAUAAAGAAAUUAUGAGGAUUAUGUUGGUUUCUUUUUGCUUAGUCCAAGCCAGAAGGACUAUGUGUUUGUAUAGACUGUGUGCUCUUAAUAUUUCAAAUUUGUAACCAGUGCAAUGUGUUUAUGUACAGAUGAUAUGAAAUAUCUAAAUAAAUAGAUUAAUCAAGCAUUUUGAAA